AUGGCCGGCAAAUCUCUCGUUCUAUUCUCAUUGUUGGCUGCUCCAGCCCUCGGAGGUGUCCUUCGUCGUAGUCAGGAAACUACUGCUGUUGUUGAAUCGACUCCGGCAUCAACUUUAGCAGAAGCAGCGACUUGGGGUGACUGGGCCUCAUCUACGACCGAGAGUACUACGACGACCCCGUCCACUACCUGGGAGGACUGGACUUCUAGUACUACGACAACUACAGAGACCACUACCACCACUUCCGCUACCUGGGGUGAUUGGACAUCGUCUACCACAGAAAGUACUACGACCACCCCAUCCACGACUUGGGGAGACUGGACCUCUUCCACUACGAAGUCCACCACAACGCCAUCGACAACAUGGGGUGAUUGGACCUCAACAACCGAGACCACGACCAAGUCUACAACGUCGCCAACUACCUGGGGAGACUGGACUUCCUCUACUACGAAGACUACCGCAACAACCACGUCUACGACAUGGGGUGAUUGGACUUCAACGACAGAAACCGAGACCACAACCACGACUACAACCACGGCUCCAACAUCUCAAUGGGAUGAUUGGACUAGCACUACCAAGGAACCAGCUCCCACUCCAUCUCCAUCAUGGGGUGACUGGCAUCCGGGUUCUCCUGCUCCAUCUCAGGGCUGGGGUGACUGGCACUCUACAUGCGAGCAGGCUACUACGACUGUUUACAUCACAGAAACAGUCACUUCAUACGUGAAGCCAUCCACCACUUGGACCAAGAGUCAGCCAUGGAAGGACUGGGACUAA